AGCUCUCGGCGUCGUUGGAUAUAAAUAUGAGACCGUGAGAAGGGUUCAUCGGAAGAAAAUUAGCAACAGGCUACAAUCAUCCCAUCUUACAUUCGUUUCUCAGCUCCUCAAUUCGACACCGAUCUUCAACAACUCAAAAUGAAGCAGUCUAUCACUUUCAUCGCCGCGGCUUUUGGUGUGGCCUCAGCCAAUCCUCACCUGGCUGCUGCUCACUUGGCCAACCCUCAGUUCCGUCGGGCCUCUCCUACUGAGUGGGCUCCCGCUGGACCCGAUGACUUCCGUGGCCCAUGCCCCAUGAUGAAUACUUUGGCCAACCACGGCUUCAUCUCUCACGACGGCAAGAACCUGACAAAGGAUGUUGUGGUCAAAGGUCUUCAGGAUGGUCUCAACUUCGGCACCGAUCUUGGAACCCUGAUGUUCAACAUGGCCCUCAUUGCCAACCCGGAGCCCAAUGCCACAUUCUUCACUCUGGACCAGCUUAAUGUUCAUAAUGUCCUGGAGCACGAUGCUAGCUUGAGUCGCACCGAUGCCGCCUUUGGCAACAACCAUGUAUUCAACCAAUCCGUCUUUGACGAGUCCAGAGCCUACUGGACAAAGGAAGUCCUCGAUGCGCAGCAGCUAGCCAACAGCAAGGUGGCGCGACAGGUCACGUCCAGGGCCUUCAACCCCAACUAUACUUUCAGUGCUACCGUGGAAAACUUCAGUCUUGGAGAGGUUGCUGCUCCUAUCAUCGUCUUCGGCGAUAUGACCGCCGGUACCGUUAACAAGGCACUUGUUGAAUACUUCUUCCAGAACGAGCGCCUUCCUGCUGAGUUAGGCUGGGUUAAGAAGACGAACGCCGUCACCCAAGAGGACAUCCUUAAGGUAGUCGAGAUGAUUAGAAACGCAACUGUGCUUACAACUGGCGGCGAGGCCCAAGCCCCCCAUAAGCGCAUGCUCAGGGACUUGCACACUGGCUUCAACCUUCUGUCCUAGUCUCAGUAACGUAUAUUCAAUCUGUACAUGUAGCUAUAUGCAAUGACAGGUAUUUUAUACCCCCCUUUAUUUCUAUCUGCUUAUAUGGCUUCUUGACAUACGACUUCCGACAAUGGAAGAUAUUGUGAAGUCAUGAGCCCGGGCAUUGCAGUACUCUGUAAAUAAAUUGGGACUCUUGUCACCGUUCGGUCCGGGGUUGCCCUUUUGUCGUCAUGGAAAGCAAUAAAAUCAAUUGUCAAACACACAUGGACAUGAAACAUAGCAACAAAACCAUUUCAUACCCUCAAACCCAUGUUAAGAGAGGAAUAUUUACCUUUUUAUGGUCUAAUACUUGAAAGCUAUGCGUUUGUGUUCCGGCAACUCAAGAUUUGAG